AUGCACUCCACUUGUAAGUCCCAGCCAUCCCGCGAAGCGGCCCAGACCACCCCUUCUCAAAACUUGACCUUGCCCACUGAUAUCAUCUUCUGCGUCGCCGACGUCGCAAGUCUCGAUACUCUCAGCAAACUCACUCGCACUAACAAAUUCAUUCGUUCCCUCCUUGAAAGGCCCCUCUACCGGCUCGACGUAGCAUUAUCCCAGGCCGAGGAUCGAUGCACCAGGGCUCUGGAGUGGGCGCUUUUCCGCGAAGACGAGAGAGAGCUUUGGCUCCGCGUCGCCCAAAAGAGCAUCGAAGCGGGUGCCAAUGUCGACGCACCCGCCCUGUGCUAUGCCUAUGGCUUGGCCUGGCUCCCUCCCGUCGUGUGCGCCGUAGCGCGGAAGGACAAGCGCCAUCUCGAGUAG